AUGAACAUAAGCGUUCAGAUACAGGUGCUAAUCACCGUACCUAGUUUUGUCAUAACGCCAUCUCUGGCUAUUGAUGUGAAAUUCGGCAUAAGUGACUCCGUAACGUUCAUGUACCUGGUUAUAAAAUAUGGCUUGUCAGAUGGCUCGCCCUCGUGCACCCCAGCUUUCGCUAUGGACCCGACGCUGAAACAACAUCACCUCGAGUCCACGUCAGCAAACCUUGGUCGAGCUCAGACGGCAAACAACGCUGCAAAAAAUCCACCUUGUUUUGCAAACGCGUCGCCGCCUCUGAUAAAGUUGCAUACCCGAUACUUUGCUACCAUGUUUACUGAGGUCUCUGCUUGCGGAAUGCAACUCGGUCGAGACUGCACAGCGGUUGUUGCAAGCACGGCUUGCAGAAUAUCAAGGGAAGUGUACAGUGAACGGCCGGGGUUACCGUCCACUGUCACUGUGGGACUUGGGUCGGAAGGCCACACAGCGAGAACAUUCCUAACACAUGACGACAAGAAAUCCAAAAAUCCAGCUUCCACGAACGUCCGGUCAGCAGCAACAAAGAACCGGGCUAGUGUACGUAUUUCCCCACUUCUUAUCCUAAAAUCCACGACCACCUUCCCCCACGUGGGUUGGUUGCUUCCCGUGAGAUCUGGCAGCGCUGCGCCGACGCCCCCGAGCAUAUAUAAAGGGACGGGGUGCGGUUGCUUCCAGUUCUGUUUUUGUGAGUUCGUUCGUUCGAGUGUCCUCAGGAUGAAGCUGGUGUCCGUCCUCCUCGCAGCGUUGGCAACGGUGCUGGGCCUAUUGCACUGUGCAAGGGCCCUCCCCCACCCCUUCCCGCACGCUGACCCUGAACCACGCCGCUCUAGCAAGCCUCUAUUUGACCCCAAGUUCAGCUAUGGUUACCGUUCCAAGCCCUAUUACGGCGACUACGUGCGUACCUACCGAUGGUGACGUGGUUAUGGGGUGGUGAAGUGUG